GCGGUGCGCCGUCCAUGAAAAGUCGUCUUUUGGAUCGCUGUAUGACAGUUGUUGCAUAACGAAGGUCAUCAAACUCCUCUGUGGCUUAUUUCUAGAACUCUUCCUCUCGCUUACACCAAGGAUGACCCUCAAAUUUUCCCUCUGGACCUUCCUAACGACAAGUUUGUGUUUAGUGGCGCCAUCUCUUGGCGAGCUGCAACCCCAUUCCCUAUCCUCCGGGAGUACGGUAGCCGGAGAUCUACUGGAUCAAGAGAAGGCGCGCCUCAUCAGUUUAGCGGAGAGCCUUGGCGCUACGUCCCGCGUCCUGCGCAUGCUGGCGCCCCCGGCCCUCAAUCCGAAAAAGAAAAGGAAAUUCCCCGAGGUUGAUUCCCGAGGAUUCGACGAAGAUAUCUUCGAUGAGGGAUUUGGUGAUUGGUCGCCCAUGAAAAGAUGGUGAAACACUUUCGACCAAUUGGCAUCGAUUGAAAUUUAAGAAAAAAAAAUAUAUUCAAACAAGAAACGAACAAAUCUUUUUCAAAUUUCCUUCUACUUUCAACUAUCGUUGUGAGUACAUGUGUACAGUUUCAUUUGUAAAUAACAAAAAUGUAUUUUGUAAUUUUAUUUUUGAAAAUGUGUAUUCCCGUAUCUUUUUAAGGGUGGAUGAAGAAUCUAUUUUGUUAUUCAUAAAAGUUAUGUAUAAUACACGUUUGAUUUUAAUGCGUGAAUCAGCCGAAAUUUUGUUGUCAUUUUGCUAUGUUUUGUGAGCUAAUCUUCCAGCGUUUGACUGUUGUGUUUGUGUAGAAAUAAAAUUCAUUUUGUU